AUGCCAGUCCCAAUAACUCCAGCAAGUGCACGAGCACUGACCCCCCAACACCAGCCCACGAGCAGUAUCCACUCAGAACCAGGGUGCACUGCUCAGUACAAAGGAACUGAACUUGGAUGUGGCAGGCUUUAUGUAGCUGAAACGAAUAUUGUGUGGAUACGAGAUGGAGAUGAAGUCGGCUUCAAGUUGAACUACAGACAACUCAUAGCCCACGCGAUUUCGAAAGACGUAAGCGUAUACCCGAUGCCGUGCGUGUAUAUGCUUUACGAGAACGUAGGUGAACCUCAAAGUCCAAACUCUUCCGAUGACGAGGAAGAGGAAGAGGGGAACAUAGAGAUCAGAAUAGCUCCUCAUAAUGAGAACCAAGUUCAGCGGAUAUACCAGGCUAUAUCAGACGGACAGUUGCUUCACCCAGAUGAUGACGAGGAGUCGGAUAGUGGGGACGAUCAAGGGUUCACCCCUGGGGGACUUGCUAUUAGCAACCAGAUCAGAUUCGACUCUGACGGACAGCUGUUGGUGAACCGAGAUAACGAACAAGAAAUGGAGGAUGGGAAUAUCAUCCAUGAACUAACACCAGAAGAGAGCCGGCGAUUUGAGGACAUGGAGGAAGAUUGAGAGACAUUGAUUAAUAUUUAUUAACCAGCUUCAGAUAGAUCAAUUCAGUAUACACGUGACCUGCUAUUUAUAGCUCGGCAAAUUAACGGGGAAGAAAUAUGGACUUUAAAAACACUUAAAGACACUUAAAAAGACAAUUUCCGGUUAUGAAGAAUUACAAUGUUAUCUGAUAUCAUGAUAUUGAUACAUGAAUUAUCGACACUAGCUUCACACAUUUUCAUGACAGUUUUAUGUAGCUAUCUAGUUUUUUGGCUCAGUAUUUUAAAGUUUUAAGGGGGCCGGGGGGGGGGUCUUCAUCAAAAUUCUCCAAAUUGACUUUAUAAUUGUUUCUGGUAGAAGGGAGUGAUAACUACCAGCUGCUUUUGGUCCCAUGGAAAAAUAUUGUUCGUAGCCGAAAUUAUCGCCGGUCUAAGGUCAGCGCUUAUGUGUAAUUGUAUUGCGCGAGCGAUUUUCAAUCGCAAAUUCUGAAAAUCGAGUCUAAAAAUCUAUCUUCUCCUACUUUUUUGAGCAAUCACCCUGAAACUUUCAGGAUAUGUUCUAGGAACCAUUUAGAAGAGAUCUUUCAAGCCAAAAUUUUGAGAUAAGCCUUUAAAAAAAUUGUAUUUAAUUUUAAAAAUCUUGGACCUGAAAAAAACGAGGUCCAAGAUUUUCAUAAUUUAAUAAAAAAUUUUAAAGGCCUAUCUCAAAAUUUUGGCU